AUGACGGAAAAGACAACUGGCGAAGAUCUACUGCAACCGGACUGUCUGAUUUCACUGACAGCCCCGAAACUUUGCGCUCGGCGAUUCAAUGGUCGCUACCACUUUCUGGCCGGUCGCUUCAUUCCUCCUGUGUUGGCGGAGAAAUAUCAGCUAAACCUGCCGCCCUAUCCCGGCAGUUGUCAGUUUGUGCAACUGUCUGGGCCACCGUAG